GUGUACGUACGACGGUAGGUAGUGAUGAUUAGGGGUGGAAUCUCAAGCAUGCAGCACCCUUAGCGCCAGACAGCUGCCCGUUAUGUACACAUACACAUGCUCGUUGCUCUCAGCCAGCCAAGGUGUUAGCAGCAGCAGCAGCUGCAGCUGCAAGAAACUUCCUGCAUGUGGGAAGGGGGCUAAAGUGUAUGGCCUCCGGCGGCAGUGCUAGCGGCAGCGAUGACGACCACCGCGAAGUUUCACGCAAUUUUGUUAAGCUUCAGCAUUAGCGCGUCGACGACAAAACGCUACGGGCGUUUUCCGAACGAGUACUACGUCAACGAUGAUGAGAUGACGAACGUGCUCAGAGCAACCGAAGCUAAGAAGUUACUGUGGCUAAGAACAGUGCACGCUGGAGCAUUCGGACACUGCAUUGGAGUAUGCAACACAAGUGCAGAGUACCUACACGUCGUGUAAGCGUAAGCCGGAAAAUUACUCAUAAGCGAGCAACGACCGACGACCAACCGAGAUAUAGGGUAGACCAUAAACCAAAGCCAGCCGUCAAGUCGCUACGACCGCGACCGUAAGGUUGUUGACGCUGCUGGGAAGAAAGUGUAUGCUUUUUACGAGUCAUAAAUCACACGCUGAGUGCCAUUGGAACGUAGUGUAUGCAUUCAGCUGCGCAGGACAUUUCCAGCACAGUAAUGGCGGCCAGCCAACGACCAGCAACAUAAAUGUCAUCGACAACAACGACGCAAACCCGGCAAGGACGACGACCAGGAGGAUGUGAAUGCAACCGCAAAAACAUGCAACAACAUAAUGACCAUCUUAGAGAGCCCUGAACGGUGGGGUUUUUUAAUGUAUAUACACAAUAAUCAAUGAACCCUACGAUGAACGACCUCGGCGGCGAAAAACGGCGAUGGCUACGCCACCGACCAGCUAGUUGUAGACGAGCUCGCUGAACGGCGCAAAAGAUUGUACGAAUAGACUUUUUAUUAAAUGUUGCAACGUAGUUAGUAGCAAUAUUGUGGUAUUACUUCGGUAGAGGGGAAAGGGGUAUUGUCAGACGAAAAGCGCAUAAUAACAUGCUGCCUUGGCUUUCACUCUGCGGUGUGGAGGUGGUUGUUUAAAUUGCGAUUUUCUUUUUUUUUCAAGCCAGCCAUUGUAUGCAAGAAAAAAUUCACUAUAUGGCGUUGAAGUGAAAUGUGGCAACAUAGCAAACUUAUGUAUAUAUAUGCACGGUAUGAAAAUUGGUUGCGUAUUGGGCGAGUUGCAGGAAAGAAGAGGCGUACAAUAGCGUUUGUAAAGUAAAGAAAAUAAUAUUUUCGGUUGUGGUAAAUACAUAUGAAAUAAGAGAAAAUUUUUGGGAAAAUAUGGCAAUGAAAAAUUUUCGGAAAGCAUUAUGUAACAAGUCGAAAUUGUUUACGGGUUAAUCUCAAAUAUGAUUUCUAUAAAAACAGAAAAAUUUUCACCUUGCGGCCACAAAAUUCUGUACGUACAGACUUGUCAACAAUUAAAAGUAGAAGACAAUUAAGUAAUAAAAUAGUUAUUCAGCUUUCUAUUUAUAUUUUAACGAUCCUAGUUGUAAAUUGCUUACUUGAUGAACUUUAGUAUGGUUGACUUUAACUAGGGCUUAACGUGCAGUGAUGAUAUCUAGAGACUGCAGAAAAAUUAAAAGAUUAUUUUAAAAUUUAAUAGGUUUGUUUUUUUUUUUUGCUAGCCCAUGAGUGCCUGACAGUGUCCAUUUUGUUGGUUCUCGUACUUUUGAGAGCCACUUUGAAAGAGUAAUUUUUGUUUUUCACUAGCCCGAGAUCACCCGAACAAUUUUUCCGGGCGAGUUUGUGAAAACUGUCAAACUGCCAGAAGAAGAGGAAGAAUUAUAAAAAUUCAAAUUUUAACCAAUAAAUAUUGCUGUUUUUCUUUGAUUGAUAAGUGAAGAAACCCAACGUUAUUGCGUUCGUUGGCCACGUUUAGUUUCGGCUUGGGUUUUCAACGUUCUCGUGGUUCGGGGCAGUAUAUUCACUUUAGUGAGAGCAUUUGCCCGAAAAUGUAAAAAACAAACCUUAUGAUUCACCCCCUUUUUGCGUACUCCUUGAGAAAUCUCUGAGCUUCGUAAGAAAUGUAGUGAACUAACUACCUUGCCGGGCUUUAAGGCCAAAUUAGAUUCUGCUCAUUAAAAAAAAUAAUAAUUGCAAGCCAUAUUUGACUGCCGAAAAUUGAUUUUCUGCAAUUUAAAUUGAAAAGGAUUGCCGACAAAGACAAAAUUUCGAAACCAACAAAAACAACGCAUACCUACUCAUCUGAACGUCCGUUCAAUCCAUUCCUUCCAACUGACUUACAACAGCCAGUCGCCAAAAGUCAGGCAAGCAGCAUAUUGUAUUUUCUCGAAGCAGGCGAUUGUAUGUGAAUUGGAUUGGAUUGGGUUUCAUGUAGGUAUCCAACAAACAACAUUGCAAUUGCAGCAGCAACUACGAGAAAUUGCUGUUAGCAAGCAAAAAAGCAGCAACAACUACAAAACCAAAGCCAAGCCAAUGGAGUCAAGCCAGUCGUUGGGCAAUACUAGGAACUCGGCACUCGGCGGCACCAGUUACCAGCAAACAAUCAACCUAUGUAGUAGCGCGAACCAGCCAGUAAAAGGCAACCAACCAACCGUACCGACAACGAUGACGGCAACAGGGACGUACGCGGCGAAUGCCACACCACCAACAACUUGGGGGCAUUUGCAGCAGACUGUGAGAAAGUUUCAAUGGAAUGCAGUCAAACAGCAAUUUGAGUGCAACAUAAAAACAACGCAAGCGGCAACAACAACAACAACAAUGCAAGCGACAGCAAAACAAUUGAAGUGGCAGCAAAACCAAAAGCAACACCAGCAACAACAACAUCAACAAAUGCUACUCAUACUUGACUAAACGAAUUGCUGCAACCAGAGGCAACCGACUCGCUGGCGCAACGCUUGAACGAGUGCGCUUGCAUACGCCAGAAAGAGUUGGCAACAACGAACGGGGCAACCAGCCAUGCAAUGCAAGAAGAACCAUCAAUGGAAACAUGAAAAAGUCGAGUUGAUGAUUUUGUGUGGAGUGCAUGCACACACACAUACGUGCACUACCACCCAACAAUAGCGCUAGAUGGUUUUUUUUACAUCCCGUGACGAAAAAAGUGUAAAAAACGUGCAUACAUACAUACAUACA